UAGCUAUAUUUAAGUCCCUCCAAUCUGUAUACAUAUGGUCAAGAACUGAUUUUUCAGUAUUAAUUAUUAAAGAACCUCUUCUCAGUCCUCUAUGUAUUAAAGAACCUCUACUCUCUCUUUCUUCAAUCAUUUUUAUUUGUUUGAAAGGAGAAAAGCGCUGCUUGAUGCUCCGAUCGAAAACAAAUCAGUUUCGCUCUCUUGGAUAAGGUUCUUGAUUGACAAAGUUGAUACAAUGGUGGUAAUUACUUAUACAUAUGAUCAAGUUCGCGAAGAGGAUUUAAUCCAUUGUAAUGUCUGCAAAACCCAAGUUGGAUUUGUCGAGGAUCACCUUGAUAUCGUGCAAAAUGGUAGAACAGGGGUCUUUAAGAGUGUGUUUAAUGUGAAGCUGCUAGACAGCGCGAAUUAUCUUCGCCAUGUAAAUGGCAAUACUGUUGCUGAUGUUUACUGUGUCCGAUGCGGAAUGCUGCUUGGGUUGAAACUUAUUACUGUGCCCCGACCAUCCCUGGAAAUUAGUGAAGGAAGAUUCUUGAUGAAUUUAGACAAGCUUGUUUAUUGGAAUGGUUAUCCCAUGAUCUAUCAAGAACAGGAUGGAAGUGCUACUGAUAUUGACCAGGCUCUUCAUGAACUAGGUGAAGGAGCUGUUGUUCGAUUGGUUCCUAGUGAACAAAAUGGACGAGCCAAUGUUGGACCUGCCCCUAUGGAUCAAGAUGGAGGCGUCGUUGAUCAACUUGCUGAUGGACUGGGCAAUCUUGAUCUGAAUCUACGGAUGUGAAACAACUACAUUGACUGCCUACUGAAUCAUAAUGUAGGACUAGAUUUUUACAAAAUGUAAUACUUCUUAUAUGUUAGCAUAGUAUUCCUUUUGCAAGUUGAUUGUAGUCUAGACAUAUUUAAGGAUUCAUGCUAAUGUUGAGCAAAAGUUGUUUGUUUUCAA